GCUUUGAGCCUAUUUCAGCCCAAUUGGGUUCAGCACUGCUCCAGUUGCUAGCUGCGAAGAUCACGGGGAACGCCGGCAACCAUUUUUUGAUCGAGAAAAGCGAGUACCAAAUUAAGCAACAAGACGGCGGCAGCCAUGUCAGUAUCAGAACCAAGACGCUUGAGAGGACACAAAUCCACAGCUACUUACUGUAUCGCCUCACGCGACCGUCCUGGAAUAAUAGUGACCGCCGGCGAGGAUGGCUGCGUUUGCUGGUUUGACCUGAGAUGCAAAGAUGCUCAAAUUGUAAUGGAAGUUGGUCAACAGAAUCAACCUAUUUCUUCUUUAUGUUUUAAGUCAGGGAAUGAAGAUAUUAUAUAUGUUUCAUCAGGAAGUGAAGUCAAGUGUUAUGAUAUGCACAUGCCUACUUCAGGGAAGCUAUUGCAAGUUUACAAUCAUAAUAAGGAUGAAAUAAAUCAGAUUGCUUGCAGUUCGAAGGGAGCUUAUCUUGCUUCUACAGAUGAUAGUGGUGACGUUAAGAUUAUUGAUAUUCGUCAGCAUUCGCUUUUUAAGACACUCAGAGCAGGGCAUAGCAGUAUUUGUAGCAGUGUGCAGUUCAUUCCUUGGAGACCUUGGGGAGUCAUUACUGGAGGUCUUGACUCAAAGCUUCUCAUGUGGGACUUCUCUAAAGGGCGUCCAAUAAAAAUUAUGGAUUUUGGUUUGCCUGAGAUGAAGGGUAGUAACACGACACAGUGUUUCAAUCCUGCUUUUGUUCAUGCAAUAGCAGUUCCAGAUACUGAUAUGUUAGAGAAGUCGGGAAAAACUUGUGCUGUUGCUAGGGGUGAUGGGAUUGUUAACAUGAUCAAUAUUGAAUCUGAAAUUGCAGCUACUACGACAAAAAGUACCCUCAAAUCCUGUAAAGGAUCUCAAUCUAUGUCUAAGGCUAGCAGCUCAGUUGCUGCAGGUACAGAAGGAAGUAUGUUGCAUUUGGAUCACACGAUGGGUGGCCAUGUUGCUGCUGUGUCUUGUGUGGCCUUCUCACUGUUUGGAGAGAAGGGGAAGUUCCUAAUAUCAGGUGGAAAUGACAAGUCGGUUAAGAUAUGGGAUUGCUCCAAGUAUCACGAUGAUGUAGGGCCGAGUAGCGGAAACAACGGCGUUCUUCAUCUUAACAUCAAUUUGAAGAAAAAAGUCAAUUGGCUCUGUACCACUCCAACUGAUUCAGAAAAUCUCAUCGUAUGUGACACAACUAAAGUAGUGAAGGUCUACUCUGUUUUAUUAUGUAUUAGUAUUGAACUGAGCCACAUGCCGAUCUUUUAUAUUUAUAUGCAAUUUAUGAAGUGAGGGACUUGAAUUGAAAGGUUGUCAGUUAAUGACAUGGCCUUCCCAACCGAAUUCUUCCUUCAACUUCCCGCAAAAAAAAUUUAAAAUCUUUUUUGUAAUACCCAACAGAAAUGGACGUUGCUUCUCACCUCUCUUCUCUGCAAAACAGACGAUACCAACACCUCAACCUCCUAACCCCACCCACCACCCUCUCCCAUAUCUUCACCAUUACAAAAAUGCCAGCACCACCUUCUUUAACCUGUGCUCUGGUUAGAGUUGGUGUUAAUGCAAAUGGAGAGGUAUUUGUUGCUUGCCAUGACUGUAAUUUCCCUAUGUGCAAAUCUUGUUUCGAGUUCGAGAUCAAAGAAGGGAGAAAAGCUUGCUUGAGAUGUGCCUCGCCUUUCGACGAGAACUUGUUGGAUAAUGAUGCAGCAAAGGCCGAGUAGUGCAUCUACAAUGGCAUCUCAUCUUGAUAAUUCUCAGGCUGUCGGAAUUCAUGCUAGACAUAUUAGUAGUGUGUCUACAGUUGAUAGUGAAAUGAAUGAUGAAUACGGGAAUCCGAUUUGGAAAAAUCGAGUAGAGAGUUGGAAAGAUAAAAAGAACAAGAAGAAAAAGAAUCCUCCUAAGCCUGCAAAGGAGCCAGCUGAAAUUCCAGCUGAGCAACAGAUGGAGGACAAGCCUCCAUCUGGGGAGGCUGCGGAGCCACUUUCAGAACUGAUUCCACUUUCUCCCAACAAACUCACCCCUUAUAGAGCCGUAAUUAUAUUGCGGUUGAUCAUUCUGGGGUUUUUCUUCCACUACAGGAUAACACAUCCCGUGGACAGUGCUUUUGGUUUAUGGCUCACUUCUGUAAUAUGUGAGAUUUGGUUUGCAUUUUCGUGGGUGUUGGAUCAGUUCCCUAAGUGGAGUCCUGUUAAUAGAAUAACAUACACUGACAGACUAUCUGCAAGGUAUGAAAGGGAGGGUGAGAUUUCUCAGCUUGCUGCAGUGGACUUUUUCGUGAGUACAGUUGAUCCAUUGAAAGAACCGCCGUUGGUUACUGCCAAUACCGUGCUUUCCAUCCUUGCGUUAGACUAUCCUGUGGACAAAGUCUCCUGUUAUGUAUCUGAUGAUGGUGCUGCUAUGCUUACGUUUGAAUCUUUAGCAGAAACCGCAGAAUUUGCUAGGAAGUGGGUUCCGUUUUGCAAAAAGUUCUCAAUUGAACCAAGGGCUCCAGAGUUUUACUUCUCUCAGAAGAUUGAUUACCUGAAAGAUAAGAUCCAACCUUCCUUCGUGAAAGAACGUAGAGCAAUGAAAAGAGAUUAUGAAGAGUACAAAGUUCGAGUAAAUGCUAUGGUAGCGAAGGCUCAGAAAACACCUGAUGAAGGUUGGACUAUGCAGGAUGGAACACCUUGGCCUGGAAAUAACCCGCGUGACCACCCUGGCAUGAUUCAGGUUUUCCUUGGAAACACCGGAGCUCGUGAUAUGGAGGGAAAUGAACUUCCACGACUUGUAUACGUCUCCAGAGAGAAGAGACCUGGUUACCAGCACCACAAGAAGGCUGGUGCUGAAAACGCGCUGGUGAGAGUGUCUGCAGUCCUCACAAACGCUCCCUUCAUCCUCAAUCUUGAUUGUGAUCACUAUGUAAACAAUAGCAAGGCUGUUAGAGAAGCAAUGUGCUUCCUGAUGGACCCAGUAGUUGGUCGAGAUGUAUGCUAUGUUCAGUUCCCUCAGAGGUUUGAUGGCAUUGAUAAGAGUGAUCGUUACGCCAACAGAAAUAUUGUUUUCUUUGAUGUUAACAUGAAAGGACUCGAUGGCAUUCAAGGACCGAUGUAUGUGGGAACAGGUUGUGUGUUCAAUAGGCAGGCACUUUACGGCUAUGGACCUCCUUCUAUGCCGAGUUUGCCCAAGUCUUCCUCUUCGUGCUCAAUAUUCGGCUGCUGCUCCAAGAAGAAGAAACCCACAAAAGAUCUGGCUGAGGUUUAUCGUGAUGCUAAACGAGAGGAUCUGAAUGCUGCCAUAUUUAACCUUACAGAAAUUGAUAAUUAUGAUGAACAUGAGAGAUCAAUGCUGAUCUCCCAGUUGAGCUUUGAGAAAACUUUUGGCUUAUCAGCUGUUUUCAUCGAGUCUACACUAAUGCCAAAUGGAGGAGUACCUGAAUCUGUCAACCCAGCAACGCUCAUUAACGAAGCAAUUCACGUCAUUAGCUGCAGUUACGAAGAAAAAACAGAAUGGGGAAAGGAGAUUGGGUGGAUAUAUGGAUCCGUGACAGAAGAUAUUCUAAGCGGGUUCAAGAUGCAUUGCCGCGGAUGGAGAUCAAUUUACUGCAUGCCUUUAAGACCUGCAUUCAAAGGGUCUGCACCAAUCAAUCUGUCAGAUAGACUGCACCAGGUUCUUCGUUGGGCUCUUGGUUCUGUCGAAAUUUUCUUGAGCAGACACUGUCCGCUCUGGUACGGGUAUGGAGGAGGCCGUCUUAAAUUGCUUCAGAGGCUAGCAUAUGUCAACACCAUUGUUUAUCCUCUUACAUCACUUCCUCUCAUUGCCUACUGCACACUUCCUGCAAUUUGUCUGCUAACCGGAAAAUUUAUCAUACCUACGCUUUCAAAUUUGGCAAGCAUGCUAUUUCUUGCCCUCUUCAUUUCCAUUAUCGUAACCGCAAUUCUCGAGCUACGAUGGAGUGGUGUAGGCAUUGAGGAUUUAUGGCGUAACGAGCAGUUUUGGGUGAUCGGAGGCGUUUCAGCGCAUCUCUUUGCCGUAUUCCAAGGAUUACUGAAAAUGUUGGCAGGCAUUGAUACAAACUUCACGGUCACAUCGAAAGCAGCGGAUGACACAGACUUCGGCGAGCUCUACAUCGUAAAAUGGACAACGGUUUUAAUCCCUCCGACAUCUCUUAUCAUUAUCAAUAUGGUUGGAGUUGUUGCUGGAUUCUCUGAUGCACUUAACAAAGGCUACGAAGCGUGGGGACCGCUCUUCGGAAAGGUGUUCUUUGCCUUCUGGGUGAUACUCCAUCUUUAUCCAUUCCUCAAGGGUCUCAUGGGACGACAAAACAGAACACCAACCAUUGUUGUUCUCUGGUCAGUCCUAUUGGCUUCUGUAUUUUCGCUUGUUUGGGUGAAGAUCAAUCCAUUUGUUGGCAAGGUUGACAAUUCAGCCCUUGCAGGAAGCUGCAUUUCUAUAGAUUGCUGAGUUUUUAUCAAGAAAUUAUGGUUGUGAAUAUGUUACAGAUAUGCAGGGAAUUUGCAGUUCUUUUGCAAUAUGAUAAUUUUUAGCAGUUUUGAGCAGUUUGUCAUUUGUAUGCAUAUUUUUUGGUCAAGAAGUACCAUAUAAGCAAAAUUAGUGCAAGAGAAUAUUUUUGUUUAAA